AUGUCUCACUUUACAAGUGAAGAUGAAGCUCUGUUACAGUCUAUGCUUAGACAGUUGCUGCAGAGUGUGAAGGAAAAAAUCACUGGAGCCCCAUCAGUAGAAUGUGCAGAAGAGAUUCUCUUGCAUUUGGAGGAAACAGAUGAGAAUUUUCACAACUAUGAGUUUGUGAAAUACCUUAGACAAUAUAUAAAUAAUACUGUGGGAUCUGUGAUUGAAGAAGAAACAGAAAAAUGUACUUCUGCUCAAAAUCAGGGUGAAGUAUCUGGCUAUGAUACACUGGUCCAACAUGUUACGAAGAAGACUCAUGAAUCAAAAGAAUACAGGGAAAUGAUGCAUGCCUUGAAGAACGUCAUGAUGGUUGUGGUAGAAUCUUUGAUUAACAAGUUUGAAGAAGACCGGAUGCGUAAUAAGGAGCUGGAUAGUAAAACAAAGAAAGAACGUCAGAGUGGCUAUUUUACAGACAACUGUUCUGACAGCGACUCCUCAUUCAACCAAAGUUUUACAUUCAUGAGUCAAGAACAGUUACAGCUGCUUGUAGAAAGGCUUGACCCUAUUCAGCCUAAGGAG